UAUAUCCGGUCGCCUUCUUAGAAAAACGAAGGUGCUCGAUUGCCUCCUUACACCAUGGUUGAAUCGGAGGAUGACGAGUCUUCUUCGCACGAGUUCACUAGGGUUCCCUCCUCGAUCUACGCCGGAUCCAUCUCAACGACGCCGAUAACUUGGCAGUCGUCUCUUGGGGCUUCAAUUGCCGCCCGGUCAGAUAACCCAAGGACAAGGGUCUUCGACGACGCCGGAACGGGAGGGAGAUGGAGCUUCUGGCAAGGAAAUGGGGGUCUGAUCCUGGGGACCAACCCCACGAGGAAGAAGCUGCACCCAAGGACGAGGCGAUUUCGGGGAAUGAUUGCGCUGUUAGGUCUUAUCGCGGUGUUCUUGUUGAUGAAUUGGUGGUUUCUGUCGGGCGUCGAAGAUGAGGACAGACUCCCCAGUCCGGUUUUUCUGUUUGAGGGCGAAUGGAAGAAGUUUACAAAAGGAAAGGACCAUCAGAGGUUUAUGUAUCCUAGACUUUUGGGAUUAGCUGCCCAUGCAUUGGCUGAGGGAGUUGGAAGUCAUGAACCUGAAGACCUGUGGCAGGAGACUUUUCUUUCUUCAUCUGCUUGGAAACCUUGUUCAGAUAAAGAUGAUUGGAAACAGUGUGAGCAAACAAAUGGAUACAUUAUUGUAAGUGCAAAUGGUGGGAUCAACCAGCAGAGAGUUGCUGUCUGUAAUGCUGUUGCUGUUGCUCAUUUACUCAAUGCAACUCUAGUUGUUCCAAAAUUUCUUUUCAAUAGUGUUUGGAGAGAUGAAAGCAAAUUUGGGGAUAUCUAUCAGGAGGAAUUUUUCAUUAACUACCUGAAGGAUGAUAUUAGAAUCGUGAAGGAACUUCCAGAGGAACUUCAGUCACUAGACUUACGGGCAAUUGGUAGCAUAGUGACUGAUUCAGAUAUUAAGAAAGAGGCCAAGCCAAGUUUCUUCUUGAAAAGAAUUUUGCCUAUUCUUCUACAGAAUCGUGUAGUUCAUUUUGUGGGUUUUGCUCACCGCUUGGCAUUUGAUCCAGUUCCUGUUAAAUUGCAGAGACUUCGAUGCAGAUGCAAUUUCCAUGCUCUAAAGUUUGCUCACAAAAUCCAAGAAACAGGUGCUUUGCUAGUGAGAAGGAUGCAUCAACAGACAUUAACACAAAGUGUUCUUGACGAUAAUCUGCUUGGUCACUUCCGGGCAAGUUCCACUAGGACAGGAGAAAAGUUUGUUCUUGGGGCAAGUUCCAAGUAUCUGGCUAUGCAUCUUCGGUUUGAAAUUGACAUGGCAGCUUAUUCUUUAUGUGAGUUUGGUGGUGGUGCAGAGGAAAAAAAGGAGUUGGACACUUUCCGUGCAAUCCAUUUUCCUGCUCUCACACUCUUUGCAAAUAGUACAGAGAUGCUUCCUGCUGGAACACUAAGAUCUGAAGGGCUUUGCCCACUGACUCCUGAAGAAGCAGCAAUUAUGCUUGCAGCACUUGGGCUUAAACGAACAACACGAAUAUACUUAGCAGGUGCACGUAUUUAUGGUGGAAUAUCGAGGAUGGUUGCGUUGACCAGUUUGUUUCCUAAUUUAGUUACAAAAGAAGACCUGCUUUCUUCCAAAGAAAUAGAGCCAUUCAAAAACUUCUCUUCUCAGCUGGCAGCCUUGGACUUCAUAGGAUGUGCUGCUGCUGAUUCAUUUGUGAUGACUGAUCCAGGAAGUCAACUGUCUUCAUUGGUUGCUGGUUACAGGGCAUACUUUGGUGGUGGAAGGUUACCAACUAUACGACCUAAUAAACGUAGGCUAGCUGGUCUUUUGUUGAAAAAUUCUACGAUAGAGUGGGGCGAGUUCCAGGUUAGGGUGAAAAAGGCAUUCAGAGAGAGUGAGAAGAUUCAAGGAAGGCCAAAGGGAAGGAGUAUCUAUAGGCAUCCUCGAUCUCAUGAAUGCAUGUGUAAGAUGGGGUGAUAUGCUUUGUGGCUUCAAAAUUUGGCUCGUCAGUGAUUUUGCAGUCAUCAUCAGAUGCUCAUGAUGCAUGUAUACAGUCUCAAAUGCACGUAAAAUGAUGGAUAUAAACCGUGAGACCUUGUUGACCCUCACAUUGAAGAUCUCAUGCCUGAUCAUGGACAUAAGAUUAAAAGGACAUCCUGCAUGUUUGUUUCUCAAUUGCGGUGAGGAAAUGUACAUAAUGAUGCUUUUCCAUUUGCAUAUGAAGAAACAUGUACUUGAUUCUCUUUGAUUCGCUAGACCUCCUUUGCAUAUGCAAAGGUGGACUCAGAUUCUUUCGAGCCCAUGUACUUGCAAAAAAGUAACAAAUAUAUCCAAUUUCAUUUUUAUUAAAUGAAAUUCAUGCUGUUUCUGUUAGAUAAAGCUAACAUAUUGUAGUUU